AUGAAUAAUUAUUAGUCCUUGUAAAUAAUAUUACCCAUAUUAAUAGUUCCAAUUCUGCUUAUCAACCAAUAUAAACCCCUCUAACAACGUAUAUUUUAACUCUUAAAUUAGAAAAAAUGAAGUACUCACAUCUUAAAUCCAAAAUUCUAAUUCUAAUGAAAACAUUGAUUAGUUAAAAUUAUAAGAUUCUAAUCAAAACAAUAUUCUUAGAAAGAGUGCUUAAUUUGCUAAUGAAAUUAGACAUAGUACCAGAAGUUCCUUAAGUGAAAAGGAAUUGAGAGAUAUUGUAAAACAUAAACGAUAUGUUGCCUGUCA